AUGGAUGACAUAUUAAAAGAACGCCAAACAUUAAGUGCUCGCCUACAUCUUUCUGAGAACACAACCCUUGUCGAAAAAUAUGGUGCAUGUGGUGAGACAAUAGGUAAAGGUACCUCAGGUGUUGUUCGAGUGGUUCACAAAAUCAACGGUACAGGUGAGCAUUUGUACGCCGUCAAAGAAUUUCGAAAAAAACCACAUGAAACUUCAAAAGAUUAUGUCAAUCGAUUGAUGGCUGAAUACUAUAUUUCAUCCACCAUGCAUCACCCAAAUAUCAUCCAGACCUUUGAUUUACUACCCUUGAGUGAAACAUCACCUAUAUUUUGCCAAGUUAUGGAAUACAGUGGAGGAGGAGACUUGUUUGAUGUGUUGUAUGAUUGUCCUGAUGGUCUUGAAAUAGCUGAGGCCAACUGUUUCUUUAAACAAUUGAUGCAUGGCGUAGAUUAUUUGCAUACCAUUGGUGUUGCUCAUCGUGAUCUGAAGCCAGAAAACUUGUUGUUGACAACGAAUGGAUGUCUCAAGAUAUCUGAUUUUGGAUCUGCUGCUUGUUUUAAAGGUGCCUUGAUGGACAGUGAUGGUGAAGAAGAGGAAGAGGAAGAAGACGCACAAAAGGUUCAUUUGAUCAAAGGAUUAGUGGGGUCUGAGCCUUAUAUUGCACCUGAAGAGUUUGUAAAUCAAGACUAUGAUGCUCGAUUAGUCGAUGUAUGGAGUUGUGGCAUUAUUUAUAUGGCACUAAGAAAAGCGACUCAUUUAUGGCAAAUAGCUAAACCAGGCCAAGAUGAUGGCUAUGAUAAAUACCUUAAAUUUAGACAAUUACUGGACGAAGAACGAGAAAACACAAGAAAAGAAAACUGUCUGCGUAAAGAAAUCGAAAAGAACAUGACAGAAGAACAAAAGACAGCUGAACGCGCCAAACGAGAAGCGACGAUUUUAAAAGCAAGAGAAACGAUUCGCAGAAAGGCAAAAGAAAUUCGGUUUGAUAUGAUGGAUGGUAUUGAUAUUCAAGCCAAAAGAAUCAUUUAUCAAGCGAAUCACUGCUUCUGA